UUUGGACCUUACCUCAGCCUGCUGAACGCACGAGCCACUGCUCGUUAGGGCACACACCAUUUUUCCCAAUUUGAGCUUUCGAACUUUUUGCCAAACCCAACUUUUCCACAACCUCACCUCUUCUCGACCUCCAUUGUUCGGCAAGCUAACCUCGAGCCUCUGUCGAUAUCACGAUUAUUUCAUCAUGCCUCCUAAGUUCGAUCCCAAUGAGGUGAAGGUCAUCCACCUUCGCGCCACUGGUGGUGAAGUCGGUGCUUCCUCUGCACUUGCGCCCAAGAUCGGUCCCCUGGGUCUGUCGCCCAAGAAGGUCGGAGAAGAUAUUGCCAAGGCUACCGGCGACUGGAAAGGUCUCCGUGUCACCGUGAAGCUCACGAUCCAGAACCGCCAGGCCGCUGUGUCUGUCGUGCCCACCGCUUCAUCCUUGAUCAUCAAGGCUCUGAAGGAGCCCCCACGCGAUCGCAAGAAGGAGAAGAACAUCAAGCACAGCAAGUCUGUUCCUCUCGAUGAGGUCAUUGCUAUCGCUCGUACGAUGCGCUACAAGUCUUUCGCCAAGGAGCUCAGUGGCACCGUCAAGGAGGUCCUGGGUACUGCCCGCAGCGUUGGCUGCCAGGUCGAUGGCAAGUCUCCCCAGACUGUCAUCGAGGGUAUUGACAGCGGAGACAUUGAGAUUCCCGACGAAUGAGAUAGCCAUCAGGCACUACAAUGAUGACGCGAAGUUCACGAUAACUGCAUCGGCCACCGGUCGAAGAUGAUAGCACGAGAUCAUGAUACCAGCUCUUAUCGGUGUACUGUUUCCUC